AUGGCUGCCGGCACAGAUUUCUCGCCUCCCUUCGCUAUGCUAAACGGCGGUGGAUACAACAAUUCCAGUAGUAAUAAGGAUAACAGUAGAAACCUCUCCCCCGCUGCCGGCGCCGACGAGAAUUCCGACGCCGUCAAGCAAAUCCCCAAUGGCAGGCCUCCCCGCCACACCAUCCCCUCCGCCAGGCUACUCGCCGCCGCCGAUCUGGCUAUGGAUGUUGGGUUAGUCGUCAAUAAGUUGCCGUCCGAUGAAAAAACCGAUUUUUUGCCGAUCUUCCGAUCAGGGAGUUGCGCCGAGGAAGGUCCCAAGCGGUACAUGGAGGAUGAACAUGUAUGUAUUGAUGAUCUCAACCAGUACCUGGGUUCAACCACUGCCAGCUUCUCCUCCAUGGGAGCUUUCUACGGGGUGUUUGAUGGCCAUGGAGGUACGGAUGCAGCUUUGUUUGUGAGGAACAAUAUAUUGAGAUACAUAGUUGAUGACUCCCAGUUUCCUAUGUGCGUGGAGAAGGCAAUCAAGAGUGCUUUCUUGCGCGCUGAUUACACCUUUGCAGAUGAUAGUUCUCUCGAUAUCUCCUCUGGCACCACCGUGCUCACUGCCCUUAUGCUUGGCCGGACACUGAUCAUUGCCAAUGCUGGGGAUUGUCGAGCAGUGCUGGGCCGAAGGGGCAGAGCAAUUGAGAUGUCCAAAGACCACAAGCCGAACUGCACAUCUGAGAGGUUAAGAAUCGAGAAGCUUGGCGGAGUCAUCUAUGACGGCUACCUCAAUGGCCAAUUGUCGGUCUCCCGUGCACUAGGCGACUGGCACAUGAAGGGUCCCAAGGGGUCCGCAUGCCCUCUGAGCCCAGAACCUGAGUUGCAGGAAACAAACCUAACCGAGGAAGACGAGUUCUUAAUAAUGGGGUGUGACGGCCUUUGGGACGUGAUGAGCAGCCAGUGUGCAGUGACGAUAGUAAGGAAAGAGCUCAUGCUCCACAAUGAUCCUGAGAGGUGCUCCAGGGAGUUGGUCAGGGAAGCACUGAAGCGAAACACAUGCGAUAACUUGACGGUUAUAGUUGUUUGCUUCUCCCAGGAUCCGCCACCUCGGAUCGAGAUCCCUCAGACGAGAGUUCGUAGGAGCAUAUCGCUGGAAGGUUUGAACUUGCUCAAGGGCGUGCUUGAUGGGAACUCGUGA